CAAGCGGGGGGAAAUAUUUCCCUGAUCGCUUCCCAAAAAGGGCCGUACUUUUAACGCUUCCGUUCGAUCCUUCCGCCGUCGACAGGAGGCCGCCAUGGUGACCGCCUCCCGUCCCGCCGAUUCCUCUUCUAGUCGAUCCAAGAGAUUGGAGGGAGAACAGGGGAGGGAAGGGAUAGCUAACCUCCAAUGGAAAUUGUCCCAGAUGAAGAAGCAAGUCAAAGCGUCGAGAUUGGUUUACAUUAAAGAAAAGAUCGAGAGGAAUAGGAAGAAUUUACAAAUCCACACCUGUAAGCUCUUUGAUGUGGCUGCUGCCGCAGAGGCCGCCACGAGGAGCUCAUCGAGACAGUCGAAAGGGGAGAACAUGCUAUCGAGCAGGAUGGGAAACGCUCUAUGCACGUUGAGCGGAUGGGAUGUGUUGAAUGGGACGGGGGAGAAGGAGGUAUUGCACAUCCAAGAGGAGAUUCAACCUUCGGGGACCCUCGUGAUUGGAAAUAAUGGCGGUAACAAGAGUGUACUGCGCCUCUUGAAGCUUCCCUUUGUUGAGAAGAUUCCACCAUACACCACCUGGAUAUUCUUAGACAAAAACCAAAGGAUGGCUGAAGAUCAGUCUGUGGUUGGAAGAAGACGGAUUUAUUAUGAUUCAGUUGGCAACGAAGCACUUGUCUGUAGUGAUACUGAUGAGGAGAUCCAAGAACCAGAGGAAGAAAAACAUGAGUUUUCUGAAGGAGAAGAUCAAAUUUUGUGGAAGGCCAUUCAUGAGCAUGGAACGAAUCAGGAAGUCCUGAAUAUUGUUCGUCAGUUUAUUGAUGGAACUCAAGAUGAAAUUGAGGAUAGGUAUGAACUGCUUCUGGCAAAGCAUAACAAAGAACACAAAAGUGAGUUAAAAAUUUCUGAUGAGAAAGUUUCAGAGGAGAGAUCAUUUGUUGAUAAGACUCUCAAUGAAGCUUUAGAUUCUUUUGAUAACCUUUUCUGUCGCCGUUGUUUGAUCUUUGACUGUCGACUUCAUGGCUGCUCUCAGAAUCUAAUCAUCCCUAGUGAAAAACAGUGUACCGGUCUUGAUCUUGAGGAGAAUAGGAAACCUUGUGGUGAUCAAUGCUAUCUUAGGAGAAAAGGAGACAGUCAAGCUCAAACCAGUCCAGUUCUAGGUAUCAAACCUACACAUGAUAUAGAAACUAAAGCAAUGGCAGAGAGAUUUGAUACAUUGUUACCAUCUGAAUCUGAAGACUCAAACCCUGAUGAGAGUAUAAAACUACUUGCUUCUGAAAAGAUUACUGAUGCCAAGAGGACUUUCACUUCUUCAGAGACUUCUGAUGGAAGCAAUAGACAAAAUGAUGAUGACACUGAUGACAUAGAAACAUCAUCAGAAGUUCCUUUGAGAAAUCUAUGCAAGCGCAAGACGUCAAAGGAUGGAAAGAGCUUACUUGGAGAACAACUGGCCAGUGAGGAAAUUUUUAUUGGCUCUAAUAAGAAAAGGAAGAAACCAUCUUGUUCAGUGGUUGGUUUGAUCAAUGAAGUUAACUCACAAGACAGACAUCCCAAUUCUGCAUCUGGUAGUAAAAGUCCAGAUUUUGAAACAUCUUCUCAUGGUCAGAAUCAGGAGAAGGUUCUGGAUGAAUCUGUUGGACAUCAUACUAGGAAAGAUGUUCAUGCUGGUAACAUCAGCAAUACCAUAGAAGAGAUUGCAAAAGGUACUGAUAGAGUGACAACAAUAAAGGCAUCUUCUAGCAGAAACCCUCCUGGUUGGAGUACAAUGGAGAAGGAUCUAUACUUAAAGGGAAUUGAGAUAUUUGGAGAAAACUGUUGUCUCAUAGCAAGAAACCUACUUUCUGGGCUAAAGACAUGCAUGGAAGUUGCAUGCUAUAUGGCUAGCUAUGGAACUUCAUUAACAAGCAGACCCAUGUUGGCAAAUUCAUACUUUGAUGAUGGGAAAGCAGAUCUGGAACAUAUGGAACAAGAGAUGCCCACUAGAACACGAAUGCUGCGUAGAAGGGGGAAGGCCCGAAAGCUUAAAUAUACUUGGAAAUCUGCUGGAUAUCCUUAUAUUCGUAAAAGAAUUGCUGAUGGUAAACAACAAUCAUGUAAGCAGUAUACGCCAUGUGGCUGUCAACAGAUGUGUGGAAAACUAUGCCCAUGUAUGCACAAUGGAACUUGCUGUGAGAAGUAUUGUGGGUGCUCCAAGGGUUGCAAAAAUCGCUUCCGAGGAUGUCAUUGUGCUAAGAGUCAGUGCAGAAGCCGUCAAUGUCCGUGCUUCGCAGCAGGUCGGGAGUGUGAUCCUGAUGUCUGUAGGAAUUGUUGGGUUAGCUGUGGAGAUGGAUCAUUGGGUGAGCCACCAGCUCGUGGUGAUGGUUAUCAGUGUGGCAACAUGAAACUCCUACUGAAGCAACAGGAAAGAAUCUUGUUAGCAAGGUCUGAUGUUGCAGGAUGGGGAGCAUUUAUUAGGAACCCAGUUAACAAGAACGAUUAUCUUGGUGAAUAUACUGGUGAAUUGAUCUCCCACCGAGAAGCAGAUAAACGUGGAAAGAUUUAUGACCGUGCAAACUCAUCUUUUCUUUUUGACUUGAAUGAUCAGUUUGUGUUGGAUGCUUAUCGGAAGGGUGAUAAGCUGAAGUUUGCUAACCAUUCAUCAAAUCCGAAUUGCUACGCCAAGGUUAUGCUGGUAGCUGGUGACCACAGAGUGGGCAUUUUUGCCAAAGAACACAUCGAAGCUGGUGAAGAGCUCUUUUAUGAUUAUCGCUAUGGACCUGACCAGGCACCUGCAUGGGCAAGAAAACCUGAAGGUUCAAAAAGAGAUGACUCGUCAGUUUCUCAUAGCCGCGCGCAUAAAGUGGCUUGAAAAUUUAGUUUUCAUUACAGAAAUUCUGUCUAUUAAUUGUGCCGAUUAAUUUCACAAUCUACCGUAGUUGAUUUUUGCGUGAAUAUAUUAAAUAUAUAGUAAAUAAAGUUUAACUA